GUUAUCUUCUAGCCCCGCCAAACCCGGUAGCCAGGAGAAUCGAGUUUCUCAGGUUUGCACUUACACUUUGCUGAAUUGGGGAAGAUUUAGUUGGUACGAUUAAAACAGCAGUGCACGGACAUCGUAUCUUUCUUUAGGAUUCAACGUUGUGACAUGUGGAUAUUACAAAGAAACGACAGCUGGAAUAUUCUUAGUACUCAAUGUUUUUUUUUGGCUCAGAUGUGUAUACCAAAUGUCUCUGCUUUGCUGAAAAACUGGCUGUAGUGUGAAGCAAUGUUUAACAAGAGCGCACAUUUACAACGUUAACGUUAUAUGUUGCAAGCGACAGCAUUAUCUCGACCGACAGGUCACCAGGUUUUAGGUUACCUGAGCUGCCAUGGCCACAGCAGCGAAACCUGCUGCAGGUGUACACUCCGGAAGGAUGAAUUCAAAUCGACACCUGAGGAACUUUGGGGUCAAUCCCGCCGCUAUGGCUUAUGCCAUGACGACGCUUGGAUCGUGCAUGAUUAACACUAUUUUCAGCUUCUACUAUGUCAAACUGUUUAUUAACAAGUACAAUGUAUCAGAGGGAGCGUUCCACACAUCUCAAGUGGUAUACAUGGUGUGGAAUGCCAUCAAUGACCCACUCUUUGGAUACCUUCAAGAUAACUCCCAGGUGUCUUGCUGUUCUCAUCGUCGUCUCUCCAUCCUGUAUGGUGCACCCCUCUACUCACUCACUUUCCUCCUGGCCUGGUUCCCAUGGCGGACCUACACUUCUGGCGAUUGGUUAAGCGGCCUGCAUUUGACAGUGACACUGUGCGCUUUUGAUGGCUUGUUGACAUUUGUGCUUCUGGCACAAUGUGCGUUGUUUGCAGAGAUUUCCAGCCAGCAUCAGAGCAGACUCAGACUUGUAAAGUACAGCCAGGUGGCUUCUCUCAUUGGCUCUUCCAGUGUCCUCUUCUGCGGUAUACUGUCCAGAAACAUGGAGGACUUCGCAGUUUUCCAAGUCUACACAGUGCUGAUCGCCAUCCUGAGCUGUGGCUGCAUGCUCUACACAGGCUUCUACAGUGAGAGCCGCUUUGAUAACAAAGGAUCCCAGUCAGAUGCACAGCUGUCUGUGGACCAGACCUCCCACCAAUCAGGACCUUCCUUCUCCAAUUUAAGAACUUUGCUCUGGCAAAUCCUCACUAACAGGGACUUCCAGCUGUUUGUUGUCAUGAACUUCUUCCAGGUUUUCAUGUUGGCUUUUUUCAAUAAUUUUACCAUUAUUUUUGCGGAGCACCUGAUUCCUCAAAAUGUGCUUCCACCAUUGGCCAAGAGUGUCAUGUAUGGAGCUGGAUUCAUCUGUCCACAGCUGUUAGUAUUGAGCUCUCAGCGUCUGCUCCAUAGUAUUGGCUACUACAGGAUCAUCCUCUUUACCUUCUACACCGAGGCUGUGAUGGCAGCCAUGAUGCUAGCACUUGGUCCUCAGCACUACUAUAUCCUGGCGUUAUUCCUGACUUUCAACAUGGUUAUUAUUCAAGCUGCCUUCAGUCUUUUUGGCUUGCCUUUAGCUGACAUCAUCGACACAGACCUUCAGAGGUACAAGCGCAGUACCCCAAUCUCCUCCAUGGUGUUCGGGACGAAUGCCCUGUUCACUAAGCCUGCGCAGUCUCUGGCUCCUAUGAUGGUGCUCAGUGUCCUCAACCAGUUUGGAUAUGAAAAACUGAAGGAUGCCGGAAGUGAUUCAAAUCAAAGUGACUUGGAGAGCCUCCACAGUGUCAUGUUUUACUUGGUGUGUCUGGUGCCAGUGUUUGUCGCUACUCUGCAGGCCAUGGCUUGGAGGCCGUUUUCAAUACAGAACAGUCACACUGUGGAAACAAAGUACCUUGACAACUAACCUCAGAAUUGCACAAUCGAAGCAUUGAAUAUGUGAGGAAACAAGGUUUAUACUGAUGCAUUUUGUGAUUUAACUUCAAAUAAACAAUUGGAAAUCAGCCCUACCAUGCUACUGGAAAUCCAGACCAGACAUAGCAGGGCUCAAAAUAAUCUAAUCUCCCUUGAAAUCCUAUUCCCUCAACAAAAUCCAAUUCUCACAGUUUUACUGGCAUGUUAAAUUACUGGACGUGUAGUCUCUGACCUUAGCAACUAAUUAGCAGCAACGUAUUGUAUAGACUAGAGGAUAUGCUUAUUUGAUAAGGGCCUGUGUCCACUGACAGCAUUCUUUUCUAAGCAAAACCAGCAGCCGAAGCACAAAGGCGACCAGAACAUCCACUGUUUGUUGUUGCUGUGUCCCACCGCUCUCAGUUGAAAGUAGUUUACUACUUACUUUUGGCACUAAGCUGUGCUUGUCAGUGCAACUUCUACCUCAGCUAACAAUCAAAAUUAAAAAGGGGCGGGUCUUCAGAUAUUAACUUUUUUUAAGGGUAUAAAUUCAAGGUCUGAGCUACUGCUAAUGCCAGAAUGCAUUUUUUUCCCAUUAUUUUUAAGUUUUCUAUGUAAAAAAAAAAAUUGAAAACUAAUAUUAAUCAUACAGAAUAAUUUGAAAACAGACUUCACAGUCAAGUAGCUGAAUUGCUGUGAGACAACUUUUGUAACUUAGCAAUAGAAAGCACCAAUAGCGCUCUGACAUUGAGGUUGUGGGCACUGCCAGCACAAAAAACAGCCUUAAUUGACUCCUACUGAAGGAGAGGAGGACAAACUAUCAGGAUGUGCGACUCCACAUUCACAUACUGUGUACACACUGAGACUUAAAAUACACUUUGAAUUGAGUGUAAAGGACAUUACAAUGUUUACUGACUGUACAUAUGGGUCUUUUUAUAAAUCUUAUGGCAUUGUUUUACAUAAGGUUCCAUUUAGAUUCUGUAACAAAACAGGAUGCCUUACAAACAUACCAGGUGGUUGAAUAAUGCCUUUCUAUGUAUACAUUUGAAAUUUCCGAGUACUUGGAGAGUCUUUUUCUCUGAUAAGACCAACAACUCUGCCUUUCCUCUCUUAGUUGAACAUUGUCUUGUGUAAAUACUACUGUAAUAAAUGUGAAAUCAUAACUUUUUCCCUUUGGUUACCAAAGUUUUGGAUUAAAUGUGGUUUUGUGCAAUGCC